UGUUCCAGAUAAAAAUAAUGCUAUUUUGGGAAGAAAUACAAAUAAACAAGUUUUUGAAGGCUUAACAACUGGACUUCUCAAAGUCAGUGCUGUGGUUUUUAGCUGCCUGAUUGCCAAUCGACCAGAUGGAAACAGCCGGCCAGUUACACCAAAAAUAUCAACACAGGAAAUGAAAAACAAACCCUCACAAGGUGAUGCUUUUAACAGUCGAGUUCAGGACCUUAUCAGCUACACGGUGAACGUAGGUCUGAUCGACAGACUGUGUGCCUGCUUCCUCUCGGUGCAAGGCCCGGUGGACGAGAAUCCCAAGAUGGCCGUGUUUCUGCAGCACGCCACAGGACUCUUACACGGAAUGUGCACACUAUGCCUGGCUGUCACCGGAAGGUCAUACUGCAUAUUUGACAAUAAUCGUCAGGAUCCCACAGGGCUGACAGCUGCUCUUCAAGCCACAGACCUGGCUGGAGUUCUGCACAUGCUCUACUGUGUCCUCUUCCACGGUACCAUCUCGGACCCCAGCACUGCCAGUCCCAAGGAGAGUUACACCCCAAACACCAUCCAAGUGGCCAUUCAGAGUUUGCGUUUCUUCAACAGCUUUGCAGCUCUUGAUCUGCCCGCAUUUCAGUCUAUUGUAGGGGCAGAGGGCUUGUCCCUUGCAUUCCGGCACAUGGCCAGCUCCCUGCUGGGUCACUGCAGCCAAGUCUCCUGUGAAAGCCUCCUUCAUGAGGUCAUCGUCUGUGUGGGCUACUUCACUGUCAACCACCCAGAUAACCAGGUGAUCGUGCAGUCCGGCCGCCACCCCACCGUGCUGCAGAAGCUCUGCCAGCUGCCCUUCCAGUAUUUCAGUGACCCGCGGCUGAUCAAAGUACUGUUCCCUUCGCUAAUCGCUGCUUGUUACAACAACCGUCAGAACAAGAUCAUUCUGGAGCAAGAGAUGAGCUGUGUUUUACUGGCCACUUUCAUCCAGGAUUUUGCACAGACUCCAGGUCAGGCAGAUAACCAGUCUUACCAGCUCAAAGGGAAAUGUCCUGGUUCCCAAGACUAUCUUGAGCUGGCCAACAGAUUUCCUCAGGAGGCCUGGGAAGAAGCGCGACAGUUUUUCUUAAAAAAAGAGAAAAAAUAAAUGUUUUGGUUGAUUCUGUA